AAAAAAGAUAUAUUUUUACAAAUACCCUUGUUCAAUAUUUUCGGCCCAUAUGCAACAAUAAAUCCUAAACUACGUUAUACAAAUACAACAAAGAACAUACCCCAUACGGAAUCUGAGGCUGGAAUAAUUCUUCAAAGUUCGUUCCAGAUUAUAUCAUUUGUGGGAAUUAUUGUUUAAAGGGAGUUAAUUUUGCAAAAUUUAAUUUGAGUAUAGAUAAGGAGAGGAGAAUAUCUGAUUGAUUUAUGUCUAUUGCAUUUCCCAACCUUUCUUGGUGGUUGUGGAGUGGUAAAAAGAAAGAUGCUAAACUGCAGAAAGGGUCUUCUCUGAAUUCUUCACCUGAAUUGAAUGUGUUGGAACUGGAUGUUUUGAAGUUUUCUGGUAUUAGUGAGACUGAGAGUAAAUUAGCUUCGAAAUCUAGGAGGGUUAGGCGAAAAUGGCACCGUCAAGAGGGUGGAAAGAUUGAUAUGGAGCAUGAUGGUGUUCUUGUGCCUUCUGAUGGAGGGUGUUCCUCUGAUUCUGAUUCAGAUGCCUCAGAUUGGUCAAUUGGUUGGUCGGAGCCUCAUGCUUCUGGGUUCUUGAGUGAGGAUGAGAUUGAUGGUGGAUUUGGUGUUCUUGUCCGUUGCUAUGGGCGUGGCUCUGGAGGGAAACAAGACUUCAGAAAAAAUGCUCGAGAUAACAAUGCCACUGUACCAGAACUUUAUUCUGCUGAUGGAAAAAGGUACAUGGAGCAGUGGCUUUCCUCUCUGCGGGGCAGCUAAACUUGCCAGAGUGCUACCUGUUGCUUCUCUGCUGCUGUUUAGUUUGUGAACUACUUGACCAUUGUGAUCAUAAGCGCGGUUAUAUCAGCUUGUGUGUUUGAACUCUUUAAAAUGUUCUGCAAAACUUUGAUGGACUGACAGCAAGUUGAUGAACAAGAAAAGUAAAAAUAAAGAAUAAAGGGAAGGUAAAAUAAAACCAAAAAAAUAUAUUCAUGAUUUGAGGUCAUAGUGUCAUUUUAACCCUGGAAGAAGCUGUGGCUUAUCAAAAACAUAGUUAGGCCAAAGGUUGAGUAAGAAAUGCAUCAUGCCCUCAAUCUCCUUUAGUGUUACUGUGAUCGUGAAUUCUUUCAUUUGUGCAAGUAUUAUUUGCUGUGCUUAAGUCUCCGUUUUCUAUUACAAUGUAAAUAAUUUGGUUUCGAUCACCUUUGUAUAUUAAUCUGCAUUUUGAUUAUUGUGAAUAACUUGGUUCAUGGAUUGUAAAUACUGUUCUAAUUCAUAAAUAAUAUCAAGAACUUGGUUUGUCAUUA